AUUCUGCUUAUAAUUUGUCUCAGCCUAAUUAACUUGCUUUUUUAUGCAUGAUUUUGCUAAUGUAAUUUGAGUGUGUAAAAAGUAUUUUUAUGCAUGCCUGAACUUAAAAAAAAUUAUUUAAACUGCAAGAUUAUGAUGUCAAGUUGAAAGAUGAUCAGAAAUAUUCUUUUUCUCAUCGCAUAUUUGAUGCAAAAUGAAGCAUAUGACUAUUUCAGCGAUGAUCUUAAUUAUGCAGGCGCUAUGGGAAAGUUUAUUCCAUUCGAUAUGGAUUUCAAUGAUCAAACGUUUGAUACUUUACUAGCUAGAAAAGAUUUUAUGGAUAAAUCCAAAAUUUCUAUAGACUCAACAAGCCCUUUAUAUCAAGUUAAAAAUAUUAUCGAAUUUAUAAAUGCGAUUAAAAAAGCAAAAGAAGAUAAAAGCAUUGAAAUUCCGCUAUACAGUCAGUGCUCAGCUAAAGUAACCUUCAAAGACCAAAUAUAUACUUUAGUAGCUGGGGAUAAAUGCAAUCCAGGCAUCAAUAUUGGUUUACUUACCAGCAAAUUAUUUGAGAAUUUUAAUAUUGACGUUCUUUCUUCAGAUUUUAUCCAAAGUAACAAGCUUCUAUUGAGAUCACUUGUCAUAAAUGAUACAUAUGUAUCAAUUGAUGCAGGUUAUAAUGGUAAUUAUGGUCAUAGCCAAACUAUGAUUAAACUGGAUGGUCAAAUAGAUCUCAAUUUAGAAAUUCCUAGAAGCUCAUCUUCAACUGCAGAAAAAGCUACUACUAAAACUGACACUCCAAAAGAAUCACAAGAAAACACACCAAAAUUUAAUUUUGUUUUAAAAGGCAAACUAAACGGAUUUGAAACUGUUAUUUUAUAUAAUUUAACAGAAAGUCCCAUGGUUAACGUAAGUAUAACUAUACCAAAGAUAACUGUUAAAGAUUUUAUAAAAUUAUGGAGCUUGACACCUGAAGGAGACGAAUCAUUUUUAGAACAUUUCAAAGAUAUGGAGAUUAGUGCAACUGUUAAAGGUUUUUUCAAUACAACUGACAAACACUUUCAGUUGUUUGCUGAAUUUACAUAUGAUGACAAACAAGGAAUACACUUAGAUAUCAAUCUAGUUAUUGAUAAAACUAAAGGAAAACCAGUUGCAGCUGCUCUUGUGGUAAAACUUGAUAAAAUCAAAGAUAUUGUAAAUUAUUUGAAAACAAAAUUUGGUUAUAAAGGUCCUGAUUUCAUAAAAGAACUGUUUAAAAGUGCAACACUUUCUUUGUCCAACACAUCAAUCGAUCUUAUUGAAUAUGAAAGUUUUUUCAAAUUAAAUGGAAAAAUUCAAAAAUCUGUUGAGCCUGGUAUUCAUAUCUAUUUGGAAACAGACAUGAAAAAAGCCUUAAAAAAUUGUGCCAAAAAGGAGAAACCUCCAGCUAAUGCUCAAACCCCUACUGCUACUGAUGCCCCUGAAAAGAAACCUUCUGCUAAUGCUCAGACCCCUACUGCUGCUAAUGCCCCUAAAAACAAACCUCCUGCUAAUGCUCAGACGCCUACUGCUGCUAAUGGCCCUGAAAAAAAACCUCCAGGUAAUGAUCAGACCCCUACUGCUACUAAUUCUGAUAGUCUGGUAAAAACAGAAACUUCAUCGGUAAAAAACCUUAUCAAAAUAAGUAUAUCAACGAGUGGUGUUGUUAUCAAAUUACCUAAGGAGUUCUCUGAAGACUUAAAGACAUUAAUGGAUUGUUUUCUUAGAGAAAUGAAUGUUUAUGUACAGACAGAAGUUGUUCCUAGUUUGCUUGAUAAAACAAAACAACCUAAUAUGUUUUACAUCAGUGAAUUGUCUUUUUUAAACCAAACCUUCAAGAUGACUCUUGCAUACAAUGGUGAUAUAGACAUUGGAUUUGGUGUAAUGCUAUCAAAGCCAACUUUUGCUAUUAGCAAAAAAAAUGAUUCAGAAGAGCCUUGGAAUUUUGAAGCUCAAGCAAACGUUUCUUCUAAAAGUUUAACAGAUUCUACCAACAAUGGGAAGAUAGAAAUUAUUUUUAAUACCCAUAAUUACUCACAAUUUAACAUUAAAAUUCCUGCUUUGGAUAUCACAAAUCUUGCUAAAUAUUUUGGAGCCAAUCCAUUUGAUGAUGCAACUAAAAAUUUUGAAAAUUCAUUUAAUAUUGCUAUAAAAGAUCUUUACAUUGAUGGAAAAUUGAAUUUGACAUCACAAACUGGAGAGCUAACAGUGACUGCUUCUCCUGUGAUAAAUGGAAUGACAGGUUUAACACUUGCUGCUUUUAUAUGGAAAGAACCUGAAGUUGGACCUGAAAUAACCUUUGGUUUUGUAAUGAAAAACAUGCGUUUAGAUAAGGCUUUAAAACAGUUUGCAAAUGUUAAUAUGACAGAUUCAUGGCUUAGCGAUGUAACUAUAGUAAUGCUGAUCAGUACUGCAAAAAAAAACAAUUGUCAAGGUGAAAAAUCAAAAAAUCCAGAAUGUCAAAAAUCAAGUGCUACUACAAGCUCAAAACCAGCAAGCACUAAACCAGCUUCUGCCAUAGCUCGUGCCAAUACAAAUCCUGCUAAGUCUAAUACCAGUCCUACAAAUUCAAAACCUUCUACUUCCAGCUCAUCAAAAGAAAGUAAAAAAAAAACGCAUUUUGACACAAUAGAUGAUUUAAGAGACAUUGAGAUAGGCAAAGGAUUUAUAUUAAGAGCUAAUGUUUCGCUGGAUACUAAUGUUUCUAAAUGUAAUGGUAAUGGCAUAUGUAUAUUUCUUGUCGAAAAAAAAGUUGAAAAGAUUUACCUUCAUGGAAGUUUAUUGUUUGAUGACCAAAACAAACCCUCAGUUACAAUCAAAGCUGGCAUAGAAGGCACAAUACAACUAGGCAAAACAGAUGAUGUUGUUCUCAAAAAUGUAUUCUUAGAAUUAGAAUUUGGAGCAACUAAUAACAAAAUUUCUUUAAAUUGUGAAUUUCAUGUUAAGUAUGGUGCUGAUGGAGAUGAAAAUAAAAGUUUGCUUAAAAUUAAAGGUUUUAUUAUGCUUGAUUUAAGUGGGCAGUUAAAAAUUGGUGGUAGUAUGGAUGGGAUAGUUAAAAAACCAUUUAACAUACAGUGGCUUGCAUUUGAUAAGCUUAGAUUAAACCUUGGACUUGAUCUCAAGACUGGUCUUCCAUCUAUAGAAAUGGGAGCAGAAAUUUGGCUAGGAAAAAUUACGGAUGAUGAGCUUCCAAGUGGAAAUACUCCUGUCUUGUUUAAGUUUUAUGGUGCUUUUGGCAUUAAUACAGCAAAUCCAACAGAAUGUUUUUUUUAUGCUCGUAGCUUUGGAUCAAAUUUAACUAUUAAAAAUGUUUUAGAAGCAAUUGGUAGUUCAACUGAGCUACCUCCAAUGGUUGCAGAAAGUGGUUUUGUUGAUGAAAUUAAAUUUUCUGUGAGUUUUUAUACAAAAGCGAAACGAAUAGAAGAGCUUGACUUUUCUAUAUCACCUGGUGUAAUGUUUAAAGGAAAAAUAUCAAUAUUGGGUUAUAUUAUUGAAUGUGACUUAAGGUUUGAUCAUAUUAAAAGAGAAUUUUUAUUGGAUGCUAAGUUUGAUCCCAUAGAUGAUUGGGGAUCAGGUUUGAUUAAACUUUAUCGAUCAGCUGAAGAUCAUACAAAUGGACCAGUUUUUUAUCUAAAAUUGGUUUUAGAUCCUUUUGACCUUGACGUCUGUAUAAAAGGGUAUAUAAACAUAUUGGGAAUAGCUGCUGGCAUUAAUAUAAAAAUCACUGACCAAUCAUUUUCAUUCUCAGUAACAGGUAACCUUUGGGGUGUUUUGAAUAUGUCAAUAGCAGUGAGUGCUUCAUACAGCAAUUCAAAAUUACAAUCCUUUGGCUUUGAAGGGUGUGUUGGUUUGGACAUAAUAAAAAUUGUGUCAGAGUCUGCUAAAGAAUCUAUCGAAGCUGCACAGAAAAAGGCAAAUGCUGUUUUUGAGCAAGCAAAAAAAACUUUAGAAAAAGCAGAAAAUGAUGUUAAAGAAGUACAAAAAAAAAUUGAAGCUUGGGAAAUGGGAAUUAAAAAUUAUAAGCAGCGAUUAGAAAACAGAAAAAAACAAAUUGAAGCAGACAUGGAAAAACUGAAAGCAGACUGUGCUCCUAAAUGUGGGACAGUAUGUAUUCCAUUCUUUGGAUGGAAAUCACAUUGUACUACUAUAUGGGGUCGUCCAGUUGGUUGUGUGACAUGGGAUUAUUGUAAGUGGACUGCUCCUAAUCUUAUAUGCAUUGCAGCUUGUGAAAUAAAUAAAGGCCUGGCUAAAUUUGCAGCUUGGGCUGAAAAAUUAGGAAUAAAGAUAUUGCAAGGUUUAGCAGACAUUGGUAGUCUUUUCUUGAAUGCUGCUUCAGGAUUAACAGAGAUUGGAAAAGGCAUUCUUAAAAUGGCUGGAGGUUUACUUGAUUUAGCAAAGGCUACAACAAAUGCUAUCUUGGAUAUUGCUAAGAAUUUAACAAAGUUAACUAUUAAUAGUAUUUGUGUGAAUGCAAAAUUUGAUCCAGCAACCAAAACUUGUGUUGGAUAUUUUUUAAAUGGAUCUUACAUUGGAGCGGACUUUAGUUUUUCUGGAUCACUCUGUUUAGACUUGUCUACCUUUAGGACAUUAGGUUCUAAAUCAGCUAAAACUGCAGAACCUCAGAUUGAAAAGUUGGAUGAAAGUGCUGCAAGUAUAGAUGCCAAAUCAAAAGAAGUGGAACGAGCUUGUAACGAGUUGUCCAAAAAUGCGUCAAAAGUUGAAAGUGAUGUAAAAUCUAAAACAUCAGAUAAAAUAGAGAAGCGAUCACAUGUUCCCACAGAAGAUGAAUUGCGUAUCCACAAAUUGAUUAAUGAUCCUUUGCCACUAGUUAACCUGAGAAGCGAAGAAACAGUUAAUGCUAUGAAAAGUGCUGUGCCAUGGGAAUAUCUUGGUAUUGAAGACAUUGGCACUAAGGAUGCAAUUGUGCGUUUCAUAAACAAUGCUUCUUCUCGCCAUCAAAUUCCCAAUGAAGAGUCUCAUGACUUUUGUCAUCAACACCAAAAUGUUCUUUCAAGAUAUAGCACAAUAGCAGAUGGAUUUUCUUCAGCUAUUAAACAUGUUAACGAUGCUAAGAAAGGCUAUAUAAAUCAAAAAAGAUCGUAUUUGAAUCAAAUUGAUCAUUUGAACUUUUUGGUUCGUUCAGGGCCAUUAAAUAACAUGACCUUAAGUGAACAGCAAGAUAUUACGUACUGGAGGGACUACGCUGACAACCAUAUCAAAAGCUACUUAGAUAAAGCCGCGAGUGUAUUUCAUGGCAAAAAACGUGAUAGCAUCAAUAAUGUUCGUCAGACUAUUAAUGAUGUGAUUGUAAGUGAGCGAGGCGUGAAGUUACCUGAAUAUAUCAAUUACUUACACUCUCUAGCAGUUAAAGCUGAUAAAAAGUCCCAAGUUAACACCAAGCCGUAUAACGAUAAUUCUCUUUCUUGGCAUCAUAUAAAAGAGAUUCUUUUAAAUGUUGCGAGUGAUGAGCAGCUACCAACGCUAGAGAUAGCUAAGCAGAUUGAUAAAGUUCAAAAGAUGUUAUCGUCUAUGAAAAGAUCAAGCAUUCCUUGCGCGGCAUAGUUUUUUAUAUAAGUAAAACUAUAUAUAUAAAAAUAUAAAUUUAUCUUUAUACAUAUAUAUAUAUAUAUA